CUGCUGUCACGCACAGAGCACACUCACUCUCUCUUUGGAUUUCUCCUUGAAAUUGUGUUUAAAAUCUUUCUUUCUCUUUUUACUCUUUACACACACAUUCACUGCUUGACAACCUGACAAAAAAAAAAAAAAAUCAAUCUACCCAUCCGUCCAUUCUUUAAUUAAAACCCAUACGGAAGCAAUACCCAAUUCGAUACUUCCAAGAAAAAGAUUUUCUUCAUCCUCCUAAACAUACUCACACAAAAAGAUAUUCACUGAUUUAAUUAAAACCCUCUUCUAUAGGCUUUGGUGUUUUUGUUUUCUGUAAUAAUAUAAAUCUCUCUUUCUUGCAAUUUCUUUUUUAUCUCAACCAAAAUUGAUUGAGGGAGCAUGGCUGUUGCAGCUGUAGCUGUUAUCUUACCAUUGGGUGUUCUCUUUUUCUUGUCUGGUUUAGUUGUUAAUCUCUUUCAGGCAAUCUGCUUUGUUCUGAUUAGGCCAAUCUCAAAGAGUAGUUACAGAAUGAUCAAUAGAGCUUUAGCUGAGUUGUUAUGGCUGGAACUUGUAUGGCUCGUUGACUGGUGGGCUAAAAUUAAGAUCCAAGUAUAUACAGAUCGAGAGACAUUGUGCUUGAUGGGCAAAGAACAUGCGCUUAUCUUAGCCAACCACAGAAGCGACAUUGAUUGGCUUGUUGGAUGGAUGUUGGCUCAGCGCGCAGGAUGUCUUGGCAGUGCAUUAGCUGUCAUGAAGAAAUCAUCAAAAUUUCUUCCGGUCAUAGGCUGGUCCAUGUGGUUUUCCGAGUACCUAUUCCUGGAAAGAAGCUGGGCCAAGGAUGAAAGCACAUUAAAGUCAGGUAUCCAACGGCUAAAGGACUUCCCUCGACCCUUUUGGUUGGGUCUCUUUGUUGAAGGAACUCGCUUUACGAAGGCAAAGCUUUUAGCAGCUCAGCAAUAUGCUGCUUCACAAGGGCUGCCGAUCCCUAGAAAUGUUUUGAUUCCUCGUACCAAGGGUUUUGUUUCAGCAGUAAGUAAUAUGCGCUCGUUUGUCCCAGCCAUUUAUGAUGUAACAGUUGCUAUUCCAAAAAAUUCACCUCAACCCACAAUGCUCAGGCUUUUCAAGGGGCAAUCUUCAGUGGUGCAUGUACACAUUAAACGGCAUUUGAUGAAGGAUUUGCCUGAAACAGAUGAUGCUGUUGCUCAAUGGUGUAAAGAUCUAUUUGUGGCGAAGGAUGCAUUAUUGGACAAGCAUAUUGCUGAGGACACAUUCAGCGAGCAAGAACUGCAGGAUAUUGGCCGACCAAAGAAGUCUCUUGUGGUUGUUACCUUGUGGUCGUGCUUGCUUAUCUUUGGGACUUUGAAGUUCCUCCAGUGGUCAUCACUUUUGUCAUCAUGGAAGGGUAUUGCGUUGUCAAUGUCUGCCCUGGCAAUCGUUACUGUCCUUAUGCACAUCUUGAUACGCUUUUCGCAAUCGGAGCAUUCAACCCCUGCUCAGGUUGCCCCUGCAAACCCCAAAAAUGAAGGAGAGCCUUCAAAAAAAGCAGAAAGCAAACAGGACUAGAGUCGCCCUCUGUUCCAUAAAUCAUAAAAAUAUUGUUGACUUGAGAGAGUCAUUUUUGUGAUGAUACAUGUAGCGUUUACUCUCUUUACAACUUGUGUGUUUUUGUUAUAGCCAAUUUUGAGCAGUUUAUAUCGGUCGGUUUCAUAGCUUGCGAAUAUCAAUUCAUUAUUGGCGAUGAAGUUAGGUCAGGUUAUGUCUGUAGAAUGUAUCAAUAAUACCUGUAGCAUGUAUGUGUGUGCUCAGAUGAGGCUAGUGCAUUGCCCUUUAUUUUGUUU